UUUCCAUUAAGCGAGGAGAUUUCCAAAGCCGUUUCCUUUACUCUGUGUACACCUCCUCCUGUUUUCUAGCUCAAAGCCCUCCUUCAUAAUUUACUCCCUGGGAAGAACUUUACCUCACUUCUGCUCAUACACACCCGCGACUGGCUCUCAUAGACUUUAGGGAUACAUUUUUACUGAUGUCUGGAGAUGUGUGAAGGGCAGGGACCUUUAUGGGAUGGUGAGGGGUGAGUCUGGGACACUUGCGUUUGUGGCAGCGACUAAUUGUAUCACAACUGCUUUUAAUAGCACAAGGGGGUGUUGGCAUUUUUCUUUCUAUUUUUUCUUUUUUGCCUUAAGGCUUUGAGUUCCUGUAUGUAAGCCACUUUCCUUAUGAGGGGAACAUUUUUGCUUUGAUCUCUUUUUUUAGUGUGGAAUAGAGGAGUUUCGCCCCAAAUUUGGCAUCCAUGAACAUUUGCAGUGCCUGGCACACACCUGACUGAGAAUCUGACAUCAUCAUAAAGUCCUGCGAAUGUUUUUCUGAUCUACUUAUGAUUUUGACUGGAUUUGGUGCCAUCAGAUUUUACAAAAAGACACUGGAGUCUUUAAGAAACUGGUUACUAUUUUGAGGAUAUUGGCAUGUGUGAUGGAUACAGCCAAUAAUAGCUUGUGGCUUCAACGUUGAAUCUUCAUCGUCAUCUUUGCAGAGGACCCUCAUGUCCCAGAGCGAGUAAGUGACAACACAUUGGUCAUGGAUAAUUUAAACCAAAAUCUUACUGGUGGGCACAUCAAGUCUCAUCAGGUGCUGCAGAGCACACCACUGGAUUUGAUUGAGACUGGAAAAGGGCUUAAGGUCCAGGCAGAGCGCCCCCAUUUGGUCAGUCUAGGAAGUGGCCGUCUGAGCAUUGCCAUCACCCUGUUGCCCUUGCCUGAAGGCAAGACGACUCUGGGUCACGGAGCCAUGGACAUCAGCAUCCAGGGUCCGGGGAUCGCAGCUCAACAUUGCUUUAUAGAGAACAAGUCAGGGGUCAUAACCCUACACCCCUGUGGUAACCAGUGUAGCAUAGAUGGACUUCCAGUCACAAAGCCUGUUCGCCUGUCUCAAGGCUGUAUGCUGUGUUUUGGCCAGUCCGCCUUCUUCCGCUUCAAUCACCCCGAGGAGGCGUUUCGAAUGAAAAGCAUGAUGCCCGAAGGAGGACAGACGGGCAGUUUAAAAAACCAGGCCCUCACAGAUUCAGAGAACCUGGUCAAUGGGAACCACCCGCCAGGGGCACCUGAAUCUCACCUGGUUUCCAACAAGAGAGUGCGUCCAGAGCACAGUGCCAUUGUCAGUUCUAUUGAAAAGGACCUUCAGGACAUUAUGGACUCAUUAGUCAUGGAUGACCCUCAACCGUCUUCCUCUGAUUCAAAGAAGCCUUCUGGACCGCCCAUCACCCAGUCUCCACUUUCCCCCAUGUUAAAUGGUGGUGGACGAUUCCUCCUCUCUCCUCCAACGAGCCCUGGUGCUAUGUCUGUGGGCUCCAGUUAUGAGAAUACCUCCCCCCCUUUCUCUCCUCUCUCAUCCCCAUCGCCUGCCAGUAGUGGGAGCUACACAAGUCCCUCACCUAGUGGUUGUCAGGACCAGACUCACAUGCUUCCUCCUGUGCCAGUUAGGUCCUCCAGUUACAAUUACACCAGCCAGCCACCCAUACCUCAGCCACGGACCAUACUGUCCAGCUAUUCCAGUGGGCCAAAAGUUCCAGAGAGUCCACGACUCCAGAGAAAGGCUCUUUUGGAAGCACCGCCAAGCCCAAAGCCAGCCCGCAGGAGCCUGAACCAAGACAACUCAGUAGCUAAGACCCCAGACAGCCCCAUACAGACUCACAUUCUGCCUUCAGUCUCUAUCUCUACUGCACAGAUUGAUGCCCCAUCUGUCAGUCGGUUGCCAGUUCCAGGUAGCCCCAGAUUAACCCCCAAAUUCUCUGUUGCAACCCCCUCAUUCUCACCCUCUAGCCCCAGAACUAAAGCUGCCAUUGUCCUACAGGAUCGGCCCUCAAGUCCUUUCCGAGAGCAGCCUCAACCAGACCCCUCCUCAACAUCCAGCCCCUGUCACCAGCUCUCCCCACCCUCACGAUCCUUCCAACCCCCUUUGGACCCCAUUGUCCAUAUCAUUCAGGGUGGACCUCCACACGCACGCUCACUGCAGCCUCCAGAAAGUCCGCGGCUGGCCCGGCGGAACCUUGAAGGGAGCAGCAUGAGAGAACUCCCCCCUCUCAGCCCUUCCUUAGCUCGCAGGGGGGUUCCUGUGCUCCCAGGAGCUCUGCCAGGAACCAUGCGAACUCCAGAGUGUCCAUCUCCGAGAAUGGUCCCGGAGAGCCCCAGACUUAGGCGGAAAGCGGGCUCUCCUACAGAGGAGCAGUUCAGCCCUCGUGUGGUGCGUGCCCGCAGCCCCUCUCCCACCUCGGGGAUGAUGGGGGAGGUUGGAGGGCGAAAGGCUAGUUAUGGGAACUCGCUUUCCUCUGCCAUCAGCCUGGGUUCUCUGCCUGGGUCAUCGCCUCGAUCCAGUCCCAGAAGCCAGAGAAAGAUGUCAGCGGGACUGAGGGGCAUGAGAGAGCGCAAAAACAGCAUCUCAGAGAUCAGCGACAACGAGGAUGACCUUCUGGAGUAUCACCGGCGCCAAAGAGAAGAGCGACUCAGAGAGCAGGAAAUGGAAAGGCUGGAACGUCAGCGAUUGGAGACCAUCUUAAACCUCUGCGCGGAGUAUAACAAGGGCGACGGGCCGACGGGCGAUCUGAGCAGGAUGGGCGUCUCUGGGCUCGGCUCGAGGGAGGGACUUGAUGUCAGACGUCCCUCUACGGACAGUGUGAGCAGCGCUUCCUUAAAGUUGCCACAGAGACACCGCGAGAACCAAAAAGAGAACCUAAAGGAGAACGGCAGCAGCACUGAGAACCCGGCAGCUCUGCUUAAUGGACAGAAUGGACAGGCAGAAGACCCGGGAUCAGGGAGUAUCAGCCGUCUGGAAUUGGGGUACCUGGAGGAAGAGCGGGUUCGAGCGCUGGCAAAGGUAGAUGAACUAAAAGCUCGAAUCACAGAACUGGAGCAGCAACUUCAGGAGUCCAAACAGGAGGCGGAGAUGGAGAGAGCUCUUCUGCAAGGAGAGAGACAGGCUGAGCUGGAGCAGAUCGAGGCCGAGAACGAGAUUGUCAACCAGCUGCAAUGCAAACUUACUGAACUGGAGACCACCAUCCAGAGAGAGAAAGACAAGGCAAGCCAUUCUGCAGGAUGGCCAUUCAAGGCCCAUUCUGGUGUCUGUUGGCAUCCCAAGGAAAAGGCUAAUGUUGACGCGGAGCGGGAAGCCCUGGAGAGGCUUCAGGAUGGGUACAAUGAGUUGACCAGCCAGCUGCAUAACUGCCCUGAAUCUCUGAGAGAACAGUUACAGGACCAACUCAAGAGGGAAGCAGAGACUCUUGAAGUUGCGACCAAGCAGUUUGAGGAUCUGGAGUUCCAGCAGUUAGAGAAGGAGAGCAGUCUGGAGGAGGAACGUGAGACCAUCAGUCAGCAGCUGCUGCAGGACAGAGCUCAGUACCACAGCAGCGUCACCAAACGAAAGGAAAAGGUCGCUGCUCUUGAAAGCCAAGCCAGUCAGCUGGGUAUGCAGGCCGCCCAGGAGUGCGAGAGACUGGUUAAAGACAGAAGCCUCACCAUUCAGCUGCUUCAGAAGGAAAAGGAGAGACUUGCCAAUCUGGAGAGAAGAUACCAGAGUUUAACAGGAGGGAAGACUUUCCCAAAGAGCUCCAGCACUAUAAAAGAGGAAUACUUGAAGCUGUCGGAUGUUUAUAAGAUGUAUGGGGGUGAUUUCCAAGACAGCCAGCUCGCCAGCACUUCAUCGCACGGCCUCUCGCUUACCCUUGACCCGGCUGUAUCUGCCCCUCGUGAGGAAUAUGUGACUGUGGGUCAAUUAAACCAGAUGUAUGGGAUGCCGAAGGUGGAGUCUUCCCCUACCUCUCCUGCCCAAAUACUACAGUCUUCUCUCACAGACUCCGCCUUCUCCUGCCUCCCCUCCCCUCAUGGCUCCUCCCUCUGUCUCUCGUUCGAGCGUCAGUCGUGUGAGUGGGGCAGACCUCACGUGCCCGCUCUCGAUUUAGAGCUCUGGUACCAGGAGGUCAUGGCAGCUGGACAUGCAAACCAGCUCUGCCCUCCUCCCCUCCCGGCUAAAGCUUUCUCAGCACGCAAGCCCUUGCAGGUGUACCGCUCACGAUUAGAUAGCGACUCCAGCCAAUCAUCAUUGAGGCCUAAAGUCAGCGCCGGUCUGUCCCCCACAUACACUACAGCGACGCUCGGACGCAACACUCCUGCCAGGAGCGCUCUGAUGGUAGCCAACAGCACCGGGAGUCUCCCACGCAACCUGGCAGCCACCCUUCAGGACAUCGAGACCAAGAGGCAGCUGGCCCUUCAGCAGAAAGGCCAUCAAGUUAUCGAGGAGCAGAGGAGGCGUUUGGCCGAGCUGAAGCAGAAGGCUGCAGUGGAGGCACAGUGCCAGUGGGAGGCGCUCCAUGGCUCUCAAACGCAGCUUAACCACCCCUAUUCCUCCAGCCCCUCUCCUGUCGUGCACCACUCCAUACUGCACCACACGUCGCCCUCUGCUGGGGAACAACCCUACGACACCCUCAGCCUGGAGAGCUCGGACAGCAUGGACACCAGCAUCUCCACGGGAAACAACUCUGCCUGCUCCCCCGACAACAUGUCCAGUGCAAGCGGUAUGGACGCACUGAAGAUUGAAGAGAUGGAGAAAAUGCUGAAGGAGGCACAUCUGGAGAAAGCUCGACUCAUAGAGUCCAGGGAGCGUGAGACUCAGGCCCGUAAGCUGAUGCUGGAGGAGGAGAGGAGACGGAGAGAGGAGGCGGAGAAGAGACUGGAGGAUGAGACGGUACACAGGCAGCAGCUGAUAGAGAAGGAGGUGAAGAUGAGGGCCAAAAACUUCUCUCAGGCGCGCCCCAUGACACGAUACCUGCCCAUUCGUAAAGAAGAGUUUGAUCUCCGAUCCCACAUCGAGUCCUCGGGUCACAGCGUGGACACGUGCUACCACGUGAUCCUCACCGAGAAGAUGUGCAAGGGCUAUCUCAUCAAGAUGGGAGGAAAGAUCAAAUCCUGGAGGAAGCGAUGGUUCGUCUUUGAUCGCCUCAAAAGGACUUUCUCAUACUACGCCGAUAAACAUGAAAGCAAAUUGAAGGGCGUCAUCUACUUCCAGGCCAUCGAAGAGGUUUACUAUGAUCAUCUACGUAGUGCCACAAAGAAAGGAUUUUUCAAUCUGAAUUUGACAAACAGCCCCAACCCCUCCCUGACGUUCUGCGUGAAGACACACGACAGACUUUACUACAUGGUGGCCCCCUCGGCGGAGGCCAUGAGAAUAUGGAUGGACGUGAUCGUAACGGGAGCCGAGGGCUACACGCAGUUCAUGAACUGAGAUGCAGACGUCAAAACUCAAACUGUUCGGCAGGGAGACUUCAAACGAUCCGGACCUGUUAUUCCCAACGAGAGGAAAAACUUUUAUUUUGCUACUCCCUUUUUCUUCUUUUAUCAUUGUCUGAAGAUGUUAUAUACUCACUCGCUUGCACAGACACACAUCCGCUGGAGGUUUUCUCUCGGCUGCCUGGAUGCGAAAAACGGAGCUGAAAGAUGAAAAGGCCGAGAACCGAACCUGCAGGUGGCGGCUCAGUUGAUGUCGAUGAAAAUGCCUUUUUGCCAUCAGAGAUAUUUUUUGUGUUGCAGUUUGGAUACACAUAAAUGUGACUUUUAUCUGUAAUGUUAACUCGUACGAUUUGUCUUUCCACACACUUCAUGGGGAAAAUGCCAAAUGACAUCAAGCCAUGAAAUCACGACGUUAUGAAAAUAAAUUGACUGAUAUGUAAUGAAACAGAUAUGGACUGACUGCAAGAUGUUUUUACAUUUCUAACAUAUAGUAAGUGUUACAUUCAUAUGAGAUGAUUUCGAGAUUCGAAAAUCCGGUAUUGAUUUAAUUCACCAAAGCUCACCAACCAGCUCAGGAGUCUAUAUUUAUUAUAGAAAAAUAAUCACCGACUCCUGUUUUAUUCUCUCCCAAUGUGUCUUUGUGUUCCCACUGAAUUUUUCACAUAAGGAGCCACACGCGCACACCCACGCGUGCACGACUCGUACGCACGACUUACAACAGUACAGUCUAUUUGCCAAGUCCUGAUAACUUGAUCUGGAGGCAGCCAUCUCCUUUCACUGCCAGCCUACGAUAGCUUUGAAUUAUCGCCACACAAAAGGAAACCACAUCAAAAUCAUGCAGUGCCUUGAUAUUGACCCGUAUUUGUCACUCUUGGUGUGUUACACUAGUAAAAAACAAACAGCUGGAUACCGUCUUAUUCCAUGUGAGAUAUAUACAUGUGUGUAUUUUAUAUACACUAGAACUACAGAUGUGUAUUGUAAUUAAAAAAAUGAAUGAUUGGGGUGAUACAUAUUUUAAGGGGCGGUCCAGAUGUUUAAGUAUUAAAGGUUUUACAGUUCAGCUAUGAGUCUGCCUUACCUUGUAUUAGGAUGAGGGAAAUAAAAUAAAUGUUUAUUUAUAGUUGCUGUUUAUUAAUUAAAAAAGACCAACAUGCUC